CGUGCACAUUACUCCCGCUACCGGAAUUCAGAAGCCAGUCUUAAGGAGCGAGGUGAGACGCAGCAGCUUACCUGUCCCCCGUCUCUCAUUCAACCGUUUAUGGUAUUGUGUUCUGGUCCAAUGGAGGCAGUGGUUCUGAACUCCGCUAUAAUUCCGGAAGUGGACUGCAACAGCAACACCGUGGACGCCGAGCUGGAGGUGAAGAAACUGCAGCAGCUCGUCCGAACGCUGGAGUGGCAAAACGAGCUGCUCCGGACCCGCGCGAGUAGCUGCUCGCGCUCGCAUGUGCUGCCUCCUUCCCCGUGGAAAAUGCUCGCAGGCACCGGGGGGUUCUGCCUCCCCAGCCCAGUGCCCACCCUGCUGCGUGAGUCGUCCUUGGGGUCCUCCCUGGAGGAGCCUUUCGACUAUUUCCACUCCGGGGAUGGAGCGGCGGAGGACGGUUCCGAGCCGUCGGUUCUGGACGAGCUGGAACUUUUGGAUUUUGAUUCUCUGUGCUGCUCAGACGAGUCCGACGAAACCUGGCUGUAUGUGUCCUCAAAAUCCAGAGAGUGCACGGGUAACUCCCUCUCAGCUCUGCAGUGGUGCCGGAAGGCGCUGGAAUCUCCAAGAUCUGAGGUGGAGGCCGCCCGGAGAUCCCUGUCCCUCAGACUGGAACAAGUCUCCAGGUGGCGUAGCUCCCUAUCCAGCCCCUCUCCCACCGCCUCCCCCGGCCUUCCUCUGAGUCGAGUGGCCGGAGUGUCCCCCCUCACUUCCUCCCCUUGUGCCAAACCCUCCUCCACCCUCCAGUCAUCGGAAAGACACGUUUCGUCCCUCUCCUCCCCAUUCCACCACCGGACGAUGAGUCCUGUAGGGAAGGAUCUCUCCCCCUUUUCUGAGAGGACUCCCACGUUCUUCCCCGCGCAGCGCAAAGGCCGCAGCCUCCGGCGCUGCGCCCUCAGCCCGCAGUCGUCCAUGGACAGCGACCUCGGCUCUUCAGAGGUGGACGACGACUCCAUCUCUCUGGGAUACAAACUGCAGGACCUCACCGACGUCCAGGUCAUGGCCCGCCUGCAGGAGGAGAGUCUAAGGCAGGACUAUGCCAGCACGUCGUCCGUCCUGGGCCCCCGCCGCAGUCAGAGCUUCACGUUCCAGCUCAGCCAGCUCAGCGCCGGGCUCGGCCUGGAGGAGGAAGACGAGGAGGAGGAGGACGACGAAGACUACGGCCUCCUGCCCCCCGCGCAGCCUCGCCUCACCCGCCUGCCCCACUCCCAUACUUUCUCCAGCGUCCGAGACUGGCGAAGAAGCACCAGCUCCCUGUCCACCCCGCCCUCCACUCCCCCUCACCUCUCCGCAGGGUUCGCCUUCCAGCCUCAGCUCCAAACCCAGCCCGAGCAGCACGGCUUCAGGCCCGGGUCAGCCGAACAUGAGAAUUAUCUGCGCAGGAGCAUGCCUAACCUGGUCCGAGCUCCCAGCAUGCCCAGUGUGCCCAUUCCAACCAAUCCUAGCGCUUCCCUUUGUUUGCUUCGUAACAGCCAGAGUUUUGAUUCGUCCAGUGGGCUGGCUCGACUGCAGUCCUCCAUCCCCUCCCCAGGCCAGCUGCAGAACAGAGUCCAGAGCGUCGGGAACUUCUCCUCCAUGUCACGGCAGACUUUAAAAGCCACCGCCUACGUCAGUCCCACCAUCAAGGGCUCCAUGGCAACCUCCACAAGCCUCCACUCACUGAACAGCAGCAGUGGAAGCAGCGGGGGGGGUAGUGGCAUCCCUAUAAUCAGUAAAGCUCAAAGUGGGGGGGGGGCAGCCACUUCCACCCCGCUCACGGCCCGCAGCAGCCUGCCUCGCCCAGCCUCAUUAUUCAGCACAUCAAGCUCCACCUCUCGCAGCAAGGUGGCCCAAUCAGCACGAAGUUUACUGACGCCUCCAAAGACCUUGACCACCUUCAGUGCCCUCCGUGACAGCAACUGGAGAGACGGCUGCUACUGAUGAAGAGGAGACAACCCCGCUGGCUGGGGUCACUCAACAUUCUUCCGUGGGGACAUUUUGAAUGGGUUUGACCAAAAAGUAACCUUACAUUCUGCAUAGAUCCUGCAUAGAGUAGAGAAAUGUUAUCCAAAAAGGCCAAAGUGAUCUCUCGUGUCAUCCAUUUUGAAUUCUAUGCAGAAUUUCUUCGGGGAAGGCGGGUUGUGUGUUUCCGGAUGUGAGUGACUGAAUGUCAGGUCUGAUUUUAUUGGUGUGUGCCAAUGGGGAGUUGUUCCCUGAUGCUCUUGUGCAAUAAGCCACUGUCUGUGGGGUACUAACCUGCUAAAUGAGGGCUGCCAGUUUCUAUGAAGUGAUCCUUACGAUACUGUAUUUAUAUAUUUAUUUUAAAAGGACAUUUCUAACUAAUCAGGUGCUUUCCCUCUGGCAACAAGCGCCAAAGAUGCUGCUAAAAAUGAGUUGAUCCCUGGUUUGGGCACAUUUGGUCGAAUUUUUACAAGACAUUAAAGUAUGUAUUAAUGUACAAAUCUAACUAUAAGUGUGCUAAUUAUAUAAAUAUAUAUUGAUGCAAUAUUAUUGAUUUUUAAAUGUGACCAAAAGGAAAGUGUCUGAAUGUGUUUACAAUAAUUGUCUCACAAAACUGUGCAUAAUAACUUUUUAACGCCCUUAAAGGGAUUUGCUCUUGUUGCACUUUGUACUAAUCUCUGAAUUGAUUGAUAUUUGUUCUGUUUACUAAUACCUGCACUUCUUUUUGAAUUUGAUAUUCUGGUUUAUGGGGAAAACUGUUAAUUAAAUGUGUUUUUGGAGAUGUCACAGUUAUACACGGCAUAAUGUAGCACCUUUUUGUUUGUGUUUUUAAAUGACUGUCACCAUGGCACAUUUCACAGAAACCUGACACUUUUGUUACUGUGAUGAACUGGAUCGAGUGAAACAUUUUAAUAAAACACACUGAA